GAAUUAAUAUUGAAAUAUUUUGCCCAAUUUUUUAAUUUAUUUAUUUAAACACAUUGGUGGGGUGAGAGCAUGAACUUUUAAAAGUUCAAAAAUAAGGACCACCCUGAUAUAUAAAUAUUAAAUCUAUAUAUGUAUGUAUGUAUAUUUGUGCAUGUGAAACAAGAAAGAAAAGUCCCGCUCUGAAGAUCUCUUUUAGUGUUUGUGGCCGGAGGAGAAGCAGACAGGAGGAAGUAUGGAAAUACCGAACAUGCCAGAUAAGCUUCUCUGCUGCAGACAAUAAAACAACUGAACACAGAAGACUACAAUAAAGCAAGAAUGUUUACUCUUUUCUCUCUAAUCUGUCUGCUUGUGAUCCCAGGCAUGUGUAGCCAAAACUGGACAGUGACAUAUUUGAACGCAGUAAAAUGUGUCCUGAAGGGCUCAACCACUGCUCUGUUUCGGCAGUUUCACAUAUCCUGAUGGUCUCAAUAUAACCAAGAUUUUUUGGACCAUAGAUCCAGUAAAAGAUAAGGAGACGCCCGAUCUGUCUGAAGUACCAGAAUAUAAAGACAGAGUUGAGUACAUUCUGGAUACGAAACAAAACUUCAUUCUCAAACUGAGUAAUAUAACAGAUAAGGAUGAACAUAUGUACUGCAUCAGAAUCGUGACAAAUGUAGAAAAAGAAAAAUAUUUGGGUUAUCCUGGAGUCCAGCUGAAAGUGACAGAGCUCAGGGUUGAGAUCCACAAUGAGGGAAAUUCUACAGUUUUAUUUUGUAAAACCACAUGCAACCUUUCAAGCAAAACAAAAUAUAUCUGGUACAAAAACAAAAGUCCUUUAUCAGAAUCAUUCAGUAGUAAUAAACUGAUACUGCAGUCUGUGAGCAGAGAUGAUGCAGGAAACUACAGCUGUGCCAUUAGAGGAGAUAAACAUCUGAAAUCUCCAGCUGUCAGAUUUGGCAGUAAUACAGUUCUGCACAUAACUGCAGGAAUUGCGGCUGCGCUCAUCUGCGUCUGCAUUGUUGUUGUAACAAUGAGAAUCAUAAGCAGAAAGACUGCAGAUACAGGAAUCAGAAGCGACAGAUCAAAACAGGAGAACAUCAGCGUGACAAUGACAGAUCAGAUAAGCUCACAUCUCACAUCAUAUGAUUUAAAAACAACCAAUGAUUUAAUGUACACCAGCAUUACUUUUCAAAGACCGAGUGCAUCCAAUGGGGAUCAGAAUGAUGAAGAUGCUGAUGAGGUUCAGUACGUCAGUGUAAACCACCACAAAACCACACAGAAGAACAACGUAGAUGCUGAAGCUCAAUGUGGGAAUGUUAUCAACAGUCCUGCUAUUUCAUUCAGAUCUAAGGGUGGACUCACAGAAGAUUUCUCUGUCAUCUACAGCGGCAUCAAUGUCCCGUAAAGAAUUUCAGCAUGAGCGUAAAAACAUCUUGCACUGACA